AUGGGCACCGACGCCUGGAGUGGCUUGUUCGCUCUAGCGACGAGCUACCUGAGCAAUGUCAACAAAAACAGCUUUCUGAGCGACCUGGUUGAGUUGCUCCUCCUGCUCACCAUGCAGCAGCUGUUAGGUUUCUUUGAGUCACUUGGGACUAGAACGCCUGCUGGAAGCGUUGAUCGCGACGCUCAGCUUGAGGUUCAAGUCGAUCAGCUUGAGCCUGCUAAGGCCGAGGUUGAACCUGAACCUGUCGCUGUGGUUGAAGACACCUCUACUUCGGUUGCUGGUUCUGAGCUCGACUCAACAUCCGAGCCGGUGUUAGUGCCUGAGCCUACUUCAGACCCUUUGGAGUCGGAGUCGGAGUCUGUCCUUGAUCAGGUCGACUGCGAACGCCAGACAGAAACCCCGCCGCUUGCGGAUCAAGCCAAGGGCGUCGAGCCUGCGAGUAACACCGAGGUCGAGAGCCAAGAUCAAGACGAAGAGUUCAUCGAGAGCAAGACUCAGCCUGAUAGCCAGGAAGAAAGUCUCUUUGACGAGAACCAAAACUUGGACGAAGAGCUUAUCGAGAGCGAGACUCAGACUGAAAGCCAGGAAGGAGGUCUCCCUGACGAGAACCAGAACUUGGGCGAAGAGCUCAUCGAGAGCAAGUCUCAGGCUGAUUGCCAGGAAGAAGGUCUCUCUGACGAAAACCAGAACUUGGGCGAAGAGCUCAUCGAGAGCAACACCCAGACUGAUAGCCAGGAAGAAGGUCUCUCUUCCGAGAACCAAAACUUGGGCGAAGAGCUUCCCGAGAGCGAGACUCAAACUGAAAGCCAGGAAGGAGGUCUCUCUGACGAGAACCAAAUCUUGGACGAAGAGUCUAUCGAGAGCGAAUCUCAGACUGAAAGCCAGGAAGAAGGUCUCUCUGACGAGAACCAAGACCUAGGCGGACAAUCCUCGAUUGAUUCCGAGCCUGCUUGCGAGCCUGAAUCUGAGACUGAAGGCAUCACCAAGACCGAUCUCCAUCACCAGCACGAAGAGCUUCUGAGCGAAGGCCAGGAAGGAGGUCAGGACGAAGAACUCCCUGUUGAGAACGAACAACACGAAGGUCACGUCUCAACACAAUCCGAGCCAGCCCUUCAGCUCGAGUCUGAGACUGGAAACAACAUCGAGACUGAGAGUCAACAUCAGCACGAAGAGGUCAACCAGAGCGAAGGCCAGAAAGAAAGCCAGGAAGUAGAACUCCCCGUUGAGAACGAAGAACUCGGUGGCCAAUUCUCGACUACAUCUGAGCCAACCGUUGACCUCGCCGUCUCCAUCGAGACUGAGAGUGAAAACUGGGACGAACUCGAUAUCGCACACGACAGCGAGGAAGACGAUCACAUCGCUAGCAACCGGGACAAAAACCAAGACGACCACAUCUGUACUGGAUCUGAUCCGGUCCUGGAGCUUGAGAGUCCGUCUGCACCUACCUCUGCAGUAACACCUGAGCUCCAAGUCCAAGCCCAGGAAGAAACGUCUACUGUUGUCGAGAAUCCAGGUCACCUUUCAGAAACACCGAUCACUGGACCGGCGAUCCUACGAGUGAAACCUGGCGCACUGGUUCUACGAAACAAACCAGGUCCAUUGAUUCCACAUUCUCUUCGUACGCGCUUGCGCUCACCGUCACCGUCACCAUCCUCUUCCCUUUCUAUGAUACAACGUUUGGGUGUGCUUGCUCCAUCAGAAAUGCCUCGCCCAGACCUUUCAGCUUUGCCGGCUGCGUUGGCUCACCUCUCAGCCGAGCACCUGCAGCUCCCCUUCAUCGAUGAGCACUUCAACGGCUCCAUUCCUAAGAACAACAAGGAUUGGCAAUCGGUGAGAAUGGCGCAUGAGCAGCUCGUCGCCGUCAACAUGAACCGCGCUCAGGACCUCGGCCUUGACGUGAGCGAACCCAUCGCGUCUGGUGUUUUCGAAAAGCGUUGGAUCAGCGAUAGGAUGGGCUACGGUCUAGUAGCGACGAAGCACAUCCCUGCCGGUACGAUUCUGUUCGCGGACGCGCCGAUGACUAUGUGGAGAUGUGAGUUCAAGGAGAGCACGAGCUUCGAGCAGUCGAACGAUAUGAUCCUGCAGAAGGCGAAGAAGAUGGGACCGAAGUGGUACAAGGCGUUCCAGGCUCUCGCUGGAGGACGGAAGAAGCCAAGCUUUGGUCUCAAAAUACGCAAUGUUGGUGUUGCCGGUGCGAUCUGGGACGAUUUUGCUCUGCCUCUGGCGUGGGAGGGGAAUAUCGGCGAGGUGCUAGGCCUGAACCUCGCUUGGGUGAACCAUGCUUGUAUCCCGAACUGCAUUGUGCGCUACAGAAACCAGUACCCCAAGAACGAGGCUGGGGAGAUUCUCUAUGACAGUAUGCCCAGGAUGGAAAGGGCAGUUGUACGCGCUUGUGAUGAUAUCAUGCCUGGUGUGGAGAUCACUGUUGCGUAUAUUCAGUCAGGAGAGACAACCAAGGUGAGACGGGCAACUACAAAUCAUCGGUGUGGUUUCCUCUGCUCAUGCCGAAUUUGCAUAAUGCCGCACACUGCGGACAAGGCCAUGAGCUAUUACCGUCACCUCAUCAACAUGGUUGAGGAUCCGGAUAUCAUAACUAACCGACCGGGUCUGGCGUACUUGAAUGCGUCCUUACUAGUCGAUCAACUUGCGGCCAUGCGCAUCCACGAUUCCCGGGCUGUCAAUGUCUGGAUGAAAUGCGGCUUGAUUGCGGGUCACCACACCGACUUGGCAAGAGCGUGGUGUUUCCUCAGAAAAGCAAGGGAGGCUUGCCUCAUCCUUGAGGGACUUACUGGUAGCGAUUAUCGUCGCAUUGAGGGCUGGUAUCGGGAUCCCACCAGUAUGGCGGGAUUUGGGGGCACCCAGAGAGGUCUGAGCUCUCGUAUGAAGGCCUUCCCAGUUUUUACCGACGGAAUGAUGCCGAGGAGAAUGCUGUUUAUGCUCGAUGCACAGUCUGAAGGGUACAUUACGGUGGACCGCUAUCAUCCUCUCCCUCGCACUGAUGGUGAUGAUGGACAGGCCUUUGAGAUUGUCAAGGGCCCUGACCACGCACCGCGUCCGCUCGCGAUCAACGCCAAAAAGCCGGCUGAUAUGUGUCGCUGUAACCGCAGCUGCAAGACCGUCGCCGAGCGGCUGAAUAACGUUCGCAAGCAACGUAGGAACCCCGGGAAAUUGCAGGGCGAUGAUACCGCCCAGAAUCCGGAUUCCGAAUGCGUUGACCCUGAACACGAUUUCCUGACCGGUGUCAUGCAAAUCGGGACAGAUACGUUCGGUAAGGCCGCGGUAGAUGAGGAGCUGGAAAGAGAUGAUGUUUGUAUCUGCAAAGUUUUUGGACCCCGCGAUGAGGACCAAACUAGUCUCAGCAAGACGGGUAUCAGCUCAGAUCGCUUGGACGACCAUGAUGAGGACGAAUUUGAGCGACGUCUAUGCGCCCUCAGCUUAAAGUCCAAUAAGGACAGCGAGAGCACUCAUAGACAGGAGGAAGAGGCUCAGGAGAAGGAGAACAAUCCGAAGGAGAACGGUCUGAAGAAGAAGAACGGCACGAAGAAGGAGGACGGCAUGAAGCAGGAGAAUGGCUUGAAGAAGGAGAAUGGCUUGAAGAAGGAGAAAGGCCAGGGGAACGGUCUGAAGAAAGGCAAGCAGCCAUUGGUUUCCGACGUUGGAGCGAAGAUGCCCGCGGUCAAGGAUGUUGGAGCUGAGAAGAAACCGCAGAUUGUGAAGAUGGAGGAUUUUGUCUAUUGCGAUGCAGGUGUUGAAUUCAAGUAA